GAGUAAGAAGAGCAAGGACUCAAAGACCUUGUGGGACUAGAGUGAAUGCAAGAAAACAAAGACCUCCACUUUUGUGCCCCAGUAAGGAUACGGAGAGAGCACAGGCUUUGUAUGUAGACACACCUGGAUUCAGAUCCUGGACCUACCAUUUACUUAUUACUUCUGUGACCCUUGGGCAAGUCAUGUGACCUCUCUGAGCCUUUUCGCAUUUCCCUGUGAAAGAAGGAUAAUGAGCCCUUCAUUGUUUUUUGUGAGGAUGAAGUGAGAUGCACAGUUUCUGGCAGGCCUCAGGUCCUAUGGCAGCGUGUACAAAGCUAUUCAUAAAGAGACCGGUCAGAUUGUGGCUAUUAAGCAAGUUCCUGUGGAAUCAGACCUGCAGGAGAUAAUCAAAGAAAUCUCUAUAAUGCAGCAAUGUGACAGCCCUCAUGUAGUCAAAUAUUAUGGCAGUUAUUUUAAGAACACAGACUUGUGGAUCGUUAUGGAGUACUGUGGGGCUGGUUCAGUGUCUGAUAUCAUUCGAUUACGAAAUAAAACGUUAACAGAAGAUGAAAUAGCUACAAUAUUACAAUCCACACUUAAGGGACUGGAAUACCUUCAUUUUAUGAGAAAAAUACACCGAGAUAUCAAGGCAGGAAAUAUUUUGCUAAAUACAGAAGGACAUGCAAAACUUGCAGAUUUUGGGGUAGCAGGUCAACUUACAGAUACCAUGGCCAAGCGAAAUACAGUGAUAGGAACACCGUUCUGGAUGGCUCCAGAAGUGAUUCAGGAAAUUGGGUACAACUGUGUGGCAGACAUCUGGUCAUUGGGAAUAACUGCCAUUGAAAUGGCUGAAGGAAAGCCCCCAUAUGCCGAUAUCCAUCCAAUGAGGGCAAUCUUCAUGAUUCCUACCAACCCUCCUCCCACAUUCCGGAAGCCAGAACUGUGGUCAGAUAACUUCAUGGAUUUUGUGAAGCAGUGUCUUGUAAAGAGCCCUGAGCAGAGAGCCACAGCCACCCAACUCCUGCAGCACCCAUUUGUCAAGAGUGCCAAAGGAGUGUCCAUACUGCGGGACUUAAUUAACGAAGCCAUGGAUGUGAAACUGAAACGCCAGGAAGCCCAGCAGCGGGAGAUGGAGCAGGACGAUGAAGAAAACUCAGAGGAGGAUGAAAUGGAUUCUGGCACGAUGGUUCGAGCAGCCGGUGAUGAGAUGGGCACCGUCCGAGUCGCCAGUACCAUGAGCGACGGAGCCAAUACUAUGAUUGAGCACGAUGACACCUUGGCGUCACAGCUGGGCACCAUGGUGAUCAAUGCAGAGGACGAGGAAGAAGAAGGCACUAUGAAAAGGAGGGAUGAGACCAUGCAGCCUGCAAAACCAUCUUUCCUUGAGUACUUUGAACAGAAAGAAAAGGAAAAUCAGAUCAACAGCUUUGGCAAGAGUGUCCCUGGCCAACUGAAGAACUCUUCAGAUUGGAAAGUGCCACAGGAUGGAGACUAUGAGUUUCUUAAGAGCUGGACAGUGGAGGACCUUCAGAAGAGGCUUGUGGCCCUGGACCCCAUGAUGGAGCAGGAGAUUGAAGAGAUCCGGCAGAAGUACCAGUCGAAGCGGCAGCCAAUCCUGGACGCCAUCGAGGCUAAGAAGCGGCGGCAACAGAACUUCUGAGCCAGGCCAGCUGUGAGGGCCCCGCUUCCACCCCGGCCCUCGGCAACCUCAAGCUUGUUAGCCAACACUUCUACCUUCUACGCCGUCACUCCUCCACAGCACCUUCGCGAACUCAGGAACAUGCGCCAGUCGGACGGGCUGCCUCGACGGUCAGCGUGCCACCCUGGUGUGUGUGUGUCGAAACUGAUCAGGUUUCUUAUUUCACAGGACUUCUCUUGGCGCUUUUAAACUCAGUUUUAAACCCCAGGAACAGAGACUCCUAGUUGAGUGAUAGCUGGGAAAGUUUUACAUUGUCUUUUGUUUUCCUUCUCCCAAUAGCUUUCAAUUGUUCUUUCUGGAGGACUUUUUUAAAAAAUAUAAAUAUGCAUAUAUAUAUAUAAAUUAUAAGUAGGUCCCCCACGCAGUGUGGUGGCAUCUCUGUACAGGUACAGUUUUAAACCGUUGGCCUCUUUUCUGUAAGAUUACGGUACUGUGCAACACGAGGGCAGAGGACACCGGGGGCCGCCGGGGCACCCGCUCCCAGGAGCCAAGCUCUCCCGUUUGCAGGGCUGCAUUUAAAUACUAGGUUUGGGCCAGUUUCCACCACGGUUUCGGCCUUGUGUGGGCCGUCCCGGCCUCUGGAGCUGUUGGUGAUGUCCAGGGCAAAGCCUUGAGAGUUGCGUUUACUUUGCGGGUCCCAGGAGAAGCCUGGCGCCUUCUUUGCAAAUUGGCCUUUGCGGUGUCAGCGUCUCUCAUCCACCUCCCCUCUCCCAGCUGCCUAAAGUCACAGCACAGAUACUGGCCCAAUGCCUUAAGAAGAGACAUGAUCCACUGAGGGGACAGGCCUACCAGGAGCUCUCCGCACACGCGGGGCUGUGUCCAACCCACAAAAGGGACAGGGUUUCCCAAGUUCUCGUCGUUCCCAGGGCAUGUUGUUCCCCACUCCUUAUAGACCGGGGUAGGGGGCCUUGAUUUUAUGACCCACAUUCAAGUAUAUGACUGUUUUCUUUUUUAUUUUACUGCUAAGGGGUCUGGAAAGUAUCAGUGACUAUCAGACUAAGAUUUGUUCACCAGGAGGCUCAACCCAGACAUAUGGAAGGCCAGAGCUGGAAGGGACCCUAGACAUCAUCUGGUCUGACUGAGGCUUGGAGAGGGCAAGUGACAUGGCCUAAAUCACAAAGCAGGUUAAAGUAGGAGCUGGGACUAGACCUCACGACUCCCCACUCCCGCUUUGCUGAGCCACACAGCCCCUUCUCCGCGGAAGCAACUUGUGUCUGUUUUGGUUAGGUUGUUCCAGGAAAGCCUGCUGAUGGAAACGUGCCCUUGCUUUGUCUCUUCAGUGGGUGACUGGCUAUGAAGAGAUUUGCGGGGGAGCCAAAUCAUUCUGUUUCAGGCAUUCCCUGGCUCUGCAACAUCUGCCGGAUCGCAGACAAGCCUCAUGCAGGCAGACUGAGGGCCAAAAGCAAAUCAGAGGGCUUAUGACAGGCCGCACGGAGCCCUUCCUCAGCCUCAGCUCAGCCACUUGUCAUUUAGUCCCUCCACACGGAGGAGACAGUAGGGAAAGUCAAAUGUGUUUUUAUUUUCAAAUGAGCUCUUCCUCUCAGAUACGGGGCUGUGACUAGGUUGCACCUAAAGAUACUGUAAUUUGACUCCAUAAUUGCUUUUGCUUCCCAACCUGGGAAUCAGUGGAAAGGCAGGGAACGUUCCUCUUCUGUGGCCACAUUCUAUUCUUUGCUAUUAAAGCAAGUUUUUAAAAAUGCAAGAGGCAGUUGUUGGUCAGCAAGCCAGUUAAGCAGCUACCGUGUUUCCCCGAAAAUAAGACCUAGCCAG